AACUCUGAGAAGCAGGAGCCGCAGAGAGGGAAGCAUCAGAGUCGGUGAGAGGAGAGGUGACUGGGCCAGCACCUGCCCAGGUUCCUGCCAGGAACGGGCCCUGCACCUGGAAACUGAAAGGAAACCCUUUCAAGCUAUGGUGGCGACAACACACUGAGAGCUCAAAGCAUGAGCCAGCUCCGGACCACAAAGGCUGGGCUGGUGGCGUGUGGGAUAAUCUGUGUCUUCAUCUUUCUCUACUUUCGAAACCCAGGUCCUGAGGAGGCUGAGGAGGAGCCCACCCACCCAGCUGUGGUGGACUGUGGCUUCUAUCCAGAUGAAUUGUGCUCGGCUUUAUUUGACGGGAAAAAGGCAGCCCCCCAAAUUGCACAAUUCUGCAAUUCCCCUCACAACUCUGAAGUACUUGCUCAUUUGCACACACCGAGAAACUGCUCCAGGAUGGCCCGGCGGCUGCACUUCAUAAGCAGACCCCUGUCUGCAGAAGAGGGGAACUUCUCUUUGGCAUAUGUUAUACAUGCUCAUGAGGAGCUAGCCAUGUUUGUGCGGAUUCUCAGAGCAAUUUAUGCACCUCAGAAUGUCUACUGCAUCCACAUUGAUGAAAAGGCCCCAAAGAAGUUUAAGAGUGCCGUGCAAACCUUCGUGGACUGUUUUGGAAAUGUCUUUCUUUCAUCAAAGACACAGAAGGUUGCUCAUGACAACCUCAGGAGGCUGCAGGCAGAGAUUGACUGCCUGAGAGACCUGGUCCACUCCCCAUUUCAAUGGCACUAUGUUAUGAAUCUCUGUGGACAGGAAUUCCCUAUCAAAACCAACAAAGAAAUCAUCCGAUACAUCAGAACCAGGUGGAGGGGUAAAAACAUCACUCCCGGGGUGGUCCCACCCCUAAACACCAAACCCAAGACAGGCCGAAGCUCUCCGAAGCCCAGCCCCAAUGAAAAUAGCUACACGUCUCCAAAUACAAGGUUCAAACAAAAACCACCCCAUAAUCUAACAAUUUACUCUGGAAGUGCUUACUACGCACUUACGAGAGAGUUUGUAGGGUUUGUCCUAACUGAUCCCCGUGCAAAGGACAUGCUGCAGUGGUCCAAAGACAUCCACAGCCCAGAGCAGCACUACUGGGUGACCCUGAACCGACUCAAAGGUGCUCCAGGUGCCACACCAGAUGCUGGAUGGGAAGGACACAUUCGAGCCACAAAGCGGAGGACAGAGGCAGGAGAUGGUCACAAGGGGUGCACAGGCCACGAUGCCCAGACCACCUGUGUGUACGGCCUGGGAGACCUGCCUCGGCUCAUCCGGCUGCCAGCUUUCUUUACCACGCUGGAGCCCUCCACAGACCCACUGGUGGCGGUGUGCCUAGAGAGGUGGCACAGACUCAAAGCCCUGCAGCAGGCUGAGGUCCCCCCAGAGCCACACUGGCCAUUUCCCCAGCAAAGUCACUUCAGCGGUCAGUCCCACCACUAGGGACUGUCAGCAUCGCUCCUUCAAUUCCUGGAUGUGAAUUCAAAAAUGAUGCAGACAUGCUCCCGCCAGACCUCACCACUGCACAGGCAGGGAGAGACCUAUGAGGAAAACACCCGAGGCUGCAGCUGUGAGCUCAAGCUAAUGGCUGGAGGCCCAGCGCUUUAUCGGCUGCCCAGUUUCUCCACCUGCUCAAUCCAGUUCAUGUCAUAAGACACACCAGCAGCAGGUCUGGUUCUGAGGGCCUGGAGAUCCUGGGUAAGAGGCACUGAUGCAUAAAGCCCUACCCACAGGAAGCCAUGCUUCUCUAGAGCUGUCCCCUAUGGAUUAAGAACAGUACAACUUUGUUCUAGAAAAUUCUAGGCAAACAUCUAGGCGUAAAGUGAAUAAUUCACAGAGGGAAACAUGCUUCUUAAGAAUGUGUGAAGUCUGCGUAGUCUUGGUGUACCAUCUGCUGUUCUUCCUGCCAUGUUGGGGCCAGCACUGCCCUGCCCGUGCCACCACCACGGGGGCUUCUGCACACAAGCGUGUGGAGAGAGAGGGAGGAGGCACUCUGGACUUUUACAUAGUUUUUCGAGUUAGGUAAUCAUGUGGUAAGUGACCAACACCCUGGGCAUGCAGGCUGAAGGCAUAAAAGGUCACUGCCAUCUUCCCUCCUGUCCCUGGCUCUCCUGCUGCUGCUGCUGUUGCUGUUAUGGGAAACUUCUACAGACGCUCUUUCUGUAGCAACGUCCUUGGUGGCAUAAAGACUGACAAGUUCAAGU